AUGGAGUGGGCGGGUGUAUGUGUAAGAGGAUGACUGAUGUCGGGGAGGACUGUGGCUCUCGCGGCGAGCAUGAGACUUGCGGUAAACACGGCAGCAGCCCCAAGCGAGUGCUGCACCCAGUACCCCCGGCCCGGCGCCACCCUCCAGCGGGGGAGCUCUCCCAGCGGCGGCUACGCUGGGAGAGCGCUGCUGGCAGGAAACCUCGCCGUGAAGUGUCGCCUCCGCUGACGCCCUUAAAGCCAGUCGCUUUCGCCAGGAAGAAGAGUCUGAGGCUUUGAGAAGAGCCAAUUGCAGGGGAAGGUAGAGAUUGUGGUAAACUUUCUAGCUGCUUCUGCGUGCUGCUGCCACCUCAGUGGUGGGAGUGUCUGGCCAUAAGGAACUGCAGAGCCCAAAUCUAAGAGCCCCGAGGCUCCAGAAAAGACUUCCAGCUGCCUUUAGAGGAGGAACUGCUAGCAGUACAAGCUUGUGCGUAUACAGCUGAGUAGAUGAUACAACUCUCCUCUAGAGGAAAGAAAAAUUUUGUUCACAAUUUGCUUUACAGAAUCUGAGUGGUGAAAGCACAAUGGACACUUUUUAGAGUUGUACAGAAAUCAAAAGUUAUCUAGAAACAAGAACACUGGACUUCAAGGAAUCAGAGACUUUAGAGAGUCUGGAAAUUGAUCACCGAUAAAACCAAUUUGGCCAUACAGCUUGGGAAUGAAUACCAUUGAGACAGCGAAGCUUGAAGAGCAUAUGGAGGGUCAAAACAAUGACACUUCUAAUGGUUACUCACGACCUACUCUCUCAGUCAGUGAAGAGAACAAAAAUGGCACUAGCAAACCAAAGGGCUUGUCUAAUGGCUUGCGAAAAACAACGAAGAAAUACCCUGAUUACAUACAGAUUGCUAUGCCUACUGAGUCUAGGAACAAAUUUCCUCUGGAAUGGUGGAAAACAGGCAUUGCUUUUGUCUAUGCUCUCUUCAACCUGAUUCUAACAACUGUUAUGAUCACUGUGGUCCAUGAGAGAGUACCUCCAAAGGAGCUCAGCCCUCCCUUGCCUGACAAAUUUUUUGAUUACAUUGAUCGUGUGAAAUGGGCUUUUUCUGUAUCAGAAAUAAAUGGAAUGAUACUAGUUGGCUUAUGGAUAUUCCAGUGGUUGUUUCUUAGAUACAAAUCAAUAGUGGGACGCAGGUUCUUUUUUAUAAUAGGAACUUUGUAUCUGUACCGCUGUAUUACUAUGUACGUUACCACCUUACCUGUGCCUGGAAUGCAUUUUCAGUGUGCGCCAAAGUUGAAUGGAGAUUCUCAGGCAAAGGUUCAGAGGAUUCUGCGACUGAUUUCUGGUGGUGGUCUGUCCAUAACUGGAUCACACAUCCUGUGCGGAGACUUCCUGUUUAGUGGUCACACUGUGGUAUUAACACUAAUCUACCUGUUCAUCAAAGAGUAUUCACCACGUCAUUUCUGGUGGUAUCACUUAAUCUGUUGGCUAAUGAGUGCUGCUGGAAUAAUUUGUAUCCUUGUUGCUCAUGAACACUAUACUGUAGAUGUCAUCAUUGCUUACUAUAUCACCACACGGCUUUUCUGGUGGUACCACUCAAUGGCUAAUGAAAAGACUUUAAAGGUUUCUUCUCAGACAAAUUUUCUCUCUCGAGCAUGGUGGUAUCCAAUAUUUUAUUUCUUUGAGAAGAAUGUGCAAGGCUCUGUUCCUUGCAGCUUUUCCUGGCCAAUAUCUUGGCCUCCCAGCUGCUUCAAAUCUUCAUGCAAAAAGUAUUCACGGGUUCAGAAGACAGGAGAGGACAAUGAAAAAUCUACCUGAAGAAAAGGAAAGCAUCUGUUCUGUUUUUUUGUUUGAGUGUUCUUUUUUUACCAAAACAUUAAUGCUGUAACCAAAGUUCUUAAGAGGACUUCACUGUAACUGAAGAAGUGGACCAAGCUUCUGUGCAAUUCAUGGAAAGACAAUUGUAGACAAACGUUUUGUCAUUUCAUAUGCUUUCCUAUCAUCAGGCUGUACAGACCUGUUCUACUCUUCAGUGCUGGAGUGCACCACUGAUGGGAUUAUUUUUAUUAAAGAAAAAAAAUUGCGGGACUUUGCUUUACUAAUGAUAGAGGUGCCGAAGACCACAUUAACACUUUUAUUACUAUCACUCAUCCACAGAAGCACCCAAAAGUCUCAUCUUCAGGGUUCUGGAGUGUCCAAGGGCAAAAACAUGCUAAAAUUUAGAGGCACAGUGUCGGCAUAUUGAAGUGCAUAAAAAAACCAAAACCCACAAUUGUGGGAAGUGGUUUGUUGCAUUAUUCUUACUAAUGAAGGUAAGACCUUCGUGUGACUGGUACAGAUGGAAGUGAGUCUUGACUUUUUUACCGUCUGUGGGUAUGAAUAUCUUAAAACUCUAAAUACUACAUAUCACCGUAAUCUCCCAUGUAUUCAAUAUACCAAUUUUUACAUUUUUAUUAGUAAUUUUAUAUUUAAACUGUUGUGCUACCUGAUGACUUUGCAAAUUAGUAAUAGCUGCUAACAUCAGAGCUCUAGUAGCCUGAAAUUUUAUUUUUAAAAAAGGACACAGUUUCAGAGUCUAAAUCUUUAAUUGCAGUUUGGCAUUGUGUACAUAGCUAUACAAUGCCCAUCGGUGUUAUGUACUUGCAUAUACACCUAAAAGCACACAUUGCUGUGUAUUAAACACAUAUUAAACAGAACUACUUAGUGGAAAGAGUGGUUGUACUGUUCUUUAUUCAGGAAAAAGUCCCAUAAAUCUCUCCUGCUUGAAGAAUCCAAGGCCAGGUCCAUAAUGGGGCUAUAUUUAAAUAUUAGGUUUUUAAAUUUUAGUAGCUAUCUCUUGUUGAGACUACAUAGCAAGCUUGCUUGGGAGUCAUAGUUCUGCAUUUCUUUUUUUUACCUGUUGGAUAUGUUUCUGUAACUUAAAAACCAAAAAAGUGCCAAGGUGAAUACCUCCAACAGUAGCAUUUCUUCAGUUAUUACCUAAGCUCAUUUCGUAUUAAAUGACACUGGUAGAAUUCACAUGCAGAUUCCUUUACUUUUUUUUUUUUUUCAGAAUUUGAGUCCAACUGAAAUGGCUGUUUAAACAAGUUGGUUGAGAAUGUGGGAAAUUGCCAAGGCAAACAUAAAACAAACCCACAAGUUAAGGGCUACCUGGUUCUUCUUGGUUUUUAUUAUUUUCUAUUGUUGGGAAAGCAAGGUAGAAAAUUAUUAUUCCAUGUUUAAUCAAUUUUGUUCUAUAUUAAUUUGUGGUUAACUCAGUUUUAUUUUCAAAUCUUCAGUAAAACUGGAUCGCAAAGAUAAAACUCCAGUAAGUUUUGAAGUAAUACUAAUAUAAAGGAAAUGCUGCUUAUUUUAGGAAUGUCUUGAACUGAGUGACAAGCAUGAACACAGUUUAAGUAAUGACAACUUGUUUUUAGAAAGUCUAGUUGAAGUUAUACAAUGCAAUACGAAACAUUCAAAUAUUAUUUUUUCCAGUUAAGGGGAUCAAUUGCUAUGAGUUGUACAUGAGAAUAUUGUUGGUGUGCAUUUCAAAUAUAUUUGUGCAUUAUCAAAGUAAUACAAUAAACAAUGUUCCUUUAUAAUACAUCCUUGGUAAAACUUACCUAAGAAAGAAAUUCUGGUGAUGUUUGGUUUUGUUAUUUAAAAUAAGCUUCUUAGACUUAUAGUGUGCCCCUGGGAGUUGUGUGUGUAUGGGCAUACAUGUUUUCAUUUGCUUGCUCCCAGCAGACCCUGAGUAGCUGAAAAGCCAGUAUCAAAACACGUGAAAGUAUUUUUUCUGUAUUAUAUACAUUAAUCUCUUCCAUGUCAGACUGUAAAUCUCCUACGACACUUAUUUUACCAAUACUACUUCAUAGACCAUAGUUUGCUUUUUUUGAAGCUGAGUGCUAAGCCUUGCAAUAUCUUAAAUACAGUCAUGUUAUCCCACUUGUAGCAAUACUAUCUUUUUAGAAAUAGUAAAUUAAUUUAUUUAGUGCUAACAAUGCCUUGAAAAUUACAUCAUGGAAAGUGUUCCAGUAAGGAGCUUGAACAGUGGUUUUCAUCGCGUGGCUGAAUAAUAAAUACUUUGAUAGUCUAGAUACCUAAUUGCCAGCAUAGACACCACCAUGUUUCAGUGGGAUUUCUGUAUCAUAUCUACAAUGUAGAAUUUCUUCAUGCAGGAUGAGGUAUUUUGUUUUUUUACACUUAAUCCUAUUUCUGGAAAGGAAACAUAUGAAAGGGAUGUAAUAGAACCAAGUAAAGAUUAUGCUUUUUUUGGGCAGCCUAAGCUUUUAUUCUACUACUGCAUUUGAUAGAAACUUCUGUUGUAAUACAAAUCGAAAGUUUAAAUGGCAGACCUAGCUCAAAAUAUUUUAUAUUCUUAUUCUGGCUCAGUCCUCCUUUAAGUACGUAAAUCUUCUCUAUUAUAUCAAAGCUCUCAAAAUGGGGUGUGUGUAUGUAUUUUUACUGAGCAGGAAAAUGUCACUUUACUGUCUAGCUAUAAAUUGCAUUUGCAGACUUGGAUAGUAUGGAUGUGUUUGAAGACUAUUUAGGCCCAUGUGUAAGGUGAUGAAAUGGGGUAAGUAGCAGUUAUAUGCUAGUGCUUACUGCUAUAGUGGUUUAUCCAAUACAAACUACAGCUGGUGCAUAAAAAUGAUUAAGGACUUAAUGAUGAUAAGUACUAUGAAGCUGAAAACAUGGUUUCAUCCUAAAAAGGGCUGCAGUAAGUAAAAAGAAGAGAAAUUUAGACUUCAUUUAAUGUACUGAUUGCUUGAUUGUAGGCUUAUUGGAGAUGUAAGUGGCCAAAGUUUUGCAGUACGCUUUUUCCUGGAGUUACAAGAGUCUGUCUUACAUGUAGCACAUGAGCUACAUAUAUACUGUGGCUAUAAAGAAAUGCUCCUUCUCUCUACUGAAAAGUUACAUGUAAAACUUUCUAGACACUUUAGAAAAAAAAAAAAAGACGCUACACUUGUACACCUUGCUUAUCAGUAUGACUUAGGUGCUCUUAGGUGCUUUGCAUUUAUGAAACAAGCUUUCUUAAAUGCCUAAACUGAAUUUAAACAUGGAUUUAAAGGUAACUUGAGCAUUUAAACGGGCUGCUACGUGGUCAUGUUACACAUGAUUAAUUCUAAUGCUAGAAAUUAUUAACAUAUACUUGAAACAGUGUAAACUGACAUUUCUCUAGUAUGUGCUUAGCACUCCCAUGUGGACAUAAGUGGUACUAAAUGCUAAUCAUUGUUUUCUUGGAAAAAAAACUACUGGCAGGGUAGGGGCAAAAAGACCUGUGCUAAACAUUGCUAUGAACUCUAGUACUGGAUUUGCUUCCCUCCUUAAAAAAAAAAAAA